GUAGCUAAAGUUGAAAAGUUUGUUGAUGCUGAAUUAGAUAAUGAAAUGAAUCUAACAUUAAAGCACUUAUAUCAAAUUAAAGAUUACUCAGCUAUAUCACAAACUGGAGAUUUGUUAGCUGAAGAAAUUAACAGUAUCUUAAAUGAAAUUGGA